GCUGUGAAUGUUUUCUGCAGAGGAAGCCUGUCGAUGGUAUGAGGUUUGCGCUCAGGAAUGAAGUAGCUGCUCUUUUCUGCCUCUCUCUAACCCAAAAGAUGAUGUGAUCUAACAACGUGAUAACAGUCUUAGAGCAGUGAGACAGCAGCAAAACGUACAGCUUCAUCAUUGUCGAAGUACGAAUGCACCGAUCUGUCGAAUUGCUAUAGUUCAGUCAGACAGUGGGAACGUCUGGAGAUCUAGAUUCGAAGUGCCAAAUGCCAAGACUUGAAGAACACUGUUGGAGUCGCUCUUGUGCAUCGAGGGUGGAAUCGAAGUCGUUUUCGGGGGGACACUGGGUCGCAUCUAAAGCUGAAGAAAUGAUGUCCAUUAUCACAACAGUGCUCAGCAAUGCCUACGGCUCGCUGCAAAAUGUGCGAACAGCAAACUUGAUCAGACGGGGUCUAGUCCUUUUCACCGUAGGAGUAUUUCUUGCAUUAGUUCUCAACUUGCUGCAGGUUCAAAGAAAUGUGACUUUGUUUCCCGAAGAGGUAAUGGCAACUUUGUUUUCAUCAGCCUGGUGGAUUCCCCCUUGCUGUGGCACGGCAGCCGCUGUUGUCGGCCUGCUAUACCCCUGUAUCGACAGCCAUCUAGGAGAGCCCCACAAGUUCAAGAGGGAAUGGGCUAGUGUCAUGAGAUGCAUCGCAGUGUUCGUCGGUAUCAAUCACGCCAGUGCUAAACUAGACUUUGCCAAUAAUGUCCAGUUGUCAUUGACCCUGGCUGCCCUGUCUCUGGGACUGUGGUGGACCUUUGACCGCUCAAGGAGUGGCUUCGGCCUGGGCAUCGGCACAGCUUUCCUUGCAACUGUUAUCACUCAGCUGCUGGUCUACAACGGCGUCUAUCAAUACACGUAUCCAGACUUCUUGUAUGUGCGCUCUUGGCUUCCAUGCAUAUUCUUCUCUGGAGGAGUAACUGUUGGAAACAUAGGACGCCAGCUAGCCAUGGGUGGUGGUGAAAAACUCCACAAUGACUGAACAGAGAUCAGCUGAAAAGGACAGAAGCAGGACUGCCGAUAUGGAGAACUGACAUAAGACUUAUUUUUUUACUCCUUUUCUGUGCGUUAUAACAAAGAGCUAUCCUGAAACCUCUUUACCUAACGUGCCAUGACCUUUCCAACUCCGGGCGGCCAAAAUACCUGUUCCCCCUUCCUUAUUCGGGUCCAGGUUGUAUUAUGCUAACAGCUAGCCACAAUGGUAUCCUUGUUAUCGUUCAGAUAAUUUUAGACUAGCAGUUAGCUGCUGAGCUAUAUCUGUUAGGAUCCAUAUAGCAUUAGGUUAGCAGUUAGCCGCUAACAUAACCCUGUUUGGCUCCAUAUAGCAUUAGGCUAAAUGCUAGCUUCUCACUGCGGCAGACAGUAUUUGCCUAUCCAGUUUUUAAAAACAAAAAGCAAAUGGGUUUAAGUUUUAUGAUGCAAAAAGGAACUGUUUGCUUGUUGCAGGUGUGUGCGUGUGGAUCUGUGCAGGUCUUAAUCGGAAAGUCAAGGAAAAAGGGAACCGUUUCAGAGCUGUGCAAAAAUGUCUUACACUCACAGACAUGCAACCAACAGUGCAGUGUAUAACCAAUGACUUGUAUGUUCCCAAUAUUGUAAUUAACCAAAAUAAGUAUUUAUCUUUGAGAAAUUAGAAUGCCAACACUUAUGACCCCAAACCAAAUAUACAUGAGAUAACAGAUAGUGACCUCUUUUUGAAAGAAUAUACCAUGAUGCUGCAUGUGCUGUAUCUUAAUCUUUGGGAGAUCACAGCAGGGAAAUAAUCCCGCAACAACAGGAAAUUGUUGUUAGGCCUGAUUAAUUUCUGCUGGGCUGAUAAAUUUGUUAUGGCAAGUGACGUCCAAAAUGUUUGAGGAUCUGACCAACUUGAGAAGCAUUUAAUAAUGCUGAAUAUUGUUUUUCCUGCUGUGCAGGAAAAUUAAGAUAUGGCACCUGAGCAAAAAAUUAACAUAUCGAUGGUUGCAGUGUAAUUGGAAAUGAUAACAAAAAGGCCCCUGAAUGUUAUUGGAUGUAAAGGUUCCCCUCAUUGCUGGUGUGACAUGGUGGCUGAUGAUACCUUGAAUGAAUAUAUGAAUGGCUGAAUGGUGAUUUCCUAUUCAGAAUUUCCCAAACAAUCCAUUGAACUUUUGGAACAUACAGUACAUUAAGAGGAGAGAGCACAGGACAUUUUUACUACGGCCUUGAGGAUUUGCAAUCUGUGAUUGCCUUUGUAUUAUACAAUUCGAGUGCUUUUGUCACUACUAUACCAGUUCAGUUUUAUUACUUAUAUGAGAUAUUGCUUACAUCUAUGAUCACUUCCCUAUAUAAAUCAGACAGGUAUACCAUACUAGACCUAGUUAGUUUAAUAGUUGGUGGUCUUGAGGAAAAAAAGAAAAGUGCAAUCACACUAUAUACCUGAGCUGAUUAUUCUUCCUUAUUUAUUAUUUCUGACAGCGAUAAAGAGGUGAGCCUCUGUGGAAUUAUAUGCAGUGUGGAUAAAGAAAAUGAGCAAUAAGGGUGGCAUUUUUGUAAAAACAAGAAAGUAUGUCAGAGAUUACUUGCCUUCUUAGACUGUAUACCAAUGACUAUUCUCACCGUGAGAAGACAAAAAAAAACAUUGUGUCAAAACCGUUUGUAAAAUAUCUGUAGUUAAAACGUUAGUAAACGAGAAAUACAGAUCAUAUGUGUGUUUUGUAUAGAUCACAGAGGGGUUCGGUUUGAAUCUUUUCUCAAGUUCAUGAGUGUCCCAAAUGCCACCUUAUAUUCCCUAUAUAGGGCAAUCAUUUUGAACAGAGCCCACAUGACUCUGGUCAUGAGUAGUCCACUAUUCUAGGAAUAUGGUGCCUUUUGGGAUUCAUUCUCAGUGUGCAGCUCUUGGAGAAAAGGAAGCUUUAUAUUUGGGGUGAUUGAAUCACCUAUUAUUUCAAUGUGUAGAGAGUGCGAGUGUAUUUUAUUUCAGCUGUGUUAUCAUUUUUAUUACCUUGAAUCUUUGUGAAAAAUAAAAAGGAACUCAUAUUGACGUGA